AUGUAUGGAGAGCUUAAAGGAGCUUUACCCGCGGGCAAGGCGGUGCCCCUCACCGCUGUAGACAUAUCGUUGAGUGGUGCAAUGGCCAAAGUUCCUCUGAUGAAUAUCACGAUCGAGACGAGCGAAGCCGGUGCCAUACCUAGCAGCUACGACAGGAAGCAGAGCACGGAUAACACCGAUGCAGAGGUACCAAGCAACCAAAUAUUAGGACACACGCGUGACAACAAGGUUGUUCAAUUCAGCGGACCCGCGCCAUACGUUAUCCUACAUCACUCCUAUCAGCCGGGCGUUUGCCGGACGGAAGACGCCUGCAAAGCAGCGAUGCGUUCCAUGCAGAACUUCCAUAUGGACAAGCAAGGCUGGUCGGACAUUGGGUACAGCUUCGCCGUUGGCGGCGAUGGCAAUGUGUACGAGGGUCGCGGUUACGAGGUGGUCGGUGCGCACGCACCAAACUACAAUAGCCGCAGCAUUGGUCUGCUCUUAAUUGGUAAUUUCAUGGAGGAACAACCGCCAGCGCCAAUGCAACAAGUCGCACAGGACUUUAUUAAAUACUCGGUGGAGGCUGGUCAUUUGCGUGAGGAUUACAUUUUGCAUGGCCAUCGGCAGGUGCGCAACACAUUAUGUCCGGGUGAUGCACUCUAUGCGGCUGUGAAGCAGUGCAUGGGUUUCAUGCGGUUGGACUGA